GCAGUCCAUGUGGUUGUGCGGCUUCUUGCAGAGUUGCUGUUGCUGCUUCUCUUCAUGGAUGAACUAUACAUGGAGAAUACUUGAAGAUAAUCUUGCCAUUAGUCUUUCUAUCACUCACAAGAUUGGGAGGAAAUAUUUGGCAAAGAUAGGAUAACGGGAGAGAAUGCAGAAGGGCCACUAGAUGUUGUUGAGGAUAUCUUGAAGAAUCAAACAUCAGGACUUUCUAUUGAUAUGACUUUGGAAUUUCCUAUUAAUGUUGAUGAAGUUGAAGAUAAAGCUGAAGGUAGUCAUGGACCAAAUAUAGCUAUCGGAGAAUUUGAAAAUGCUUAUACAGAACCUAGUUUUACAGGGGCAUCUAAAAAUGAAUAUGCUAGAGGCUCUCCUCAUGAACGUACUGAAAGAUCUGAAAAGCAAGCCGAAUAUGCUAAAAAAUCCUCUUCUAGUGUCAAUGAAAAAGAGAAAAGCAAGAAAAAGAAAAGAGUUGUGGAGGAUGUUAAUGAGACAUUUCUCAAGAGUAUGACGGAAGUUCUAAAAGGUUUUACUGAAAGCCAAGACAAAAGAAUUGGUGCCUUAAUUGACAAGAUUAAAAUUCGUGACCACUAUGAUAUACGUGAUCAAGUUUAUGCCAUCAUUGAAUACCCUACAUUCGAUUUGUACACCAUAGAGAAACGUAUCAAAGCCAAAAUGUUUAUCUGUGGAGAUGUGAAAAAAAUGAAAAUCUUUUUACGUAUGGGUGAGCUUGAGCGUCAGACAAUGAUAUUUAUGAUUGUCAAUGAUAAACUUUAAAGUAUGAUAAGCAUGUGUAUAUAAGUAGUGGCACUAGUGUGUUAGUUUUUGCUCACUAUCAAUCUCAAAGUUUGAUUGGAGUGCCACUUUUUGAUCUUCAAGUCAUGUUCAUACUCUUUUAUCUAUAAUUGAUGUAGGGCAUGAGGAUGAUGUAAUUUUGAAUAAAUAAUGUCUAUUAAAUAGAUCAGUUCUCGUGUAAA